GUCAGGAAAUGGCACAUGACAAAUAUUCGCUAGGUAUUUUAAAGGUGUAAACUGUACAACAGAGACUUCAAAUGGAUGUCAUGUAUGGGACUGAGUGUUUGAUUCUGAAAGAAAACAGCUGUCUGCUUUCAGUAAUACAUUUUUUCUGAUUUAAAUGUUGGUAAUGUUUAGCGUGAAACUCCUCGUGGGCAAAAAAAUCUCUUUUAAAAAUCCAUUGAUGAGACAUCUAUUUGCAUCGAUACGCCUACCAGUGGGUAUUCAACGUCUUUAGUGUCGUUGAUCUCUUGAUGGGGGAAACAAAGAGUAUCAAACGCAACAUUUUGCACUUUAAAUUGUGAGAAUUUACUUUUUUAAUAUGCAUAAGGAAAGUCUCAAUGAAAGUAGCCUACCUCCAUAACGUCAUACUCAUAUAGAACUGUAUGGGCCACACAGUGCAUUACCAAUAGGAAAUACUUACUGCAUAACCCGUAACACGGUCGAUCGCAAGGCUUACCCUUUCCAGGAGCACUUCAGGAAUCAUACCAUGUAGAAAAGAGAGGUAUGAGUGCGCGCGCUCUUACGAAGAGAAGCGCGGGAAGUCACCAACGCGUGUGAGGGUGAAGUGGGAAUGGGAAGGGAGAAGUCACAGACCUGUUGGUAUUCGAAUCGAUAACCUCCUUUCGAGAGCUAACAGAGUAAGAGAGAAGGGAGGGCAAGGGAUACUGAGCGCGUUUGUGUGGCUGGAUACAGAGAGAGAGAGAGGGAGGGAGAGAGAGAGGGAGAGAUUCGGCAAGAACAGUUUCUUUUAAAGCACCUACCAGUGGCUGUUAGGAAGGCAGUAGAUUCACUGCUCUAUCCUCGUAAACUUCGCACCUCUUGCUCUUGCGCAAAGCAUGGAUGUGUAUCACAUUAUUAAAAGGGACUACAUAAGCUGAAUGACUAUUGAAUAGUCGACACUGACCCAGUGUGCCACGGACUGAGAUACAAGUUUAUACUUUACACCUCUUCUGCAGCUAUCUGGGAUUGUUUUUGAUCCUUAAUUUUUGUCUGUAUAUGUUCAGCCAAGGGGACUAGUAAUUUCAGGGAGGUCCGCCAAGGAAGGAGCGAUGAAGGUGCGCUGCUGGACCUUUGUGAUCCUUACCCAAUGGAUUCUGCAAAAGGUACAUGGACUGGAGAAACAAGUGGCCAAAUCGCUGGAUUACAUGGAUCUGGUACCGGCCAGUUCUGUGAUGAAGCCGCUUCCAUAUGGGGUGGGUGGAGCAGGAGUAGGACCCCCUGGAGGCGUCAAGCCACCUUACCAUCCCACCAGAACCUUCUCCAGCAUGGACCACAUGCCGGUAAAGCCCAAACCACCAAGCUACAGCCCCCACAACCCGUACGAAUGGGCCAAGAACCAGUCCUUGCUCAUGGACCAGACAGGGUACCGCCCCAAACGCAAGCCCUCCCUUAAGACAGCUUUAAAAGCCAAGAAGAUAUUCGGCUGGGGGGAUUUCUACAUCAACAUCAAGACCAUGAAAUUCAGCGUGCUGCUUACCGGAAAGAUAGUUGACCAUGUCAAUGGGACGUUCACCGUCUACUUCCGCCACAACUCGUCCAGCUUAGCCAAUGUGUCUGUCAGCAUCGUCCCCCCAUCGAAAGUGGUAGAAUUUGAGGUGCUCCAACAACAUCCACCCCUCCACACCGAGUUCCAGGUCUACCAGCCCCACCAGCCCCACCAGUCCACCAUAGACCCCAGGGAGGUUAAGACCUUCAACUGCCGAAAUGAGUAUGAGAGGUACGACAGGUCCAAGAAGCCCAAGCAGUGUCUUUAUGACCCAUCGCAGACCUGCUAUACGGAGCACACCCAAUUUUACUCCUCCUGGCAGUGUGCCAAGCCCUUCAAAGUCAUCUGUAUUUUCAUCUCCUUCUUCAGCAAUGAUUACAAGCUUGUGCAGAAGGUUUGUCCGGACUACAACUUCCAGAGUGACCAUCCCUAUUUUGGAUAAGACGGGAUGCAUUGGGCUUGGCUGUUAUGUCUGUUAUUCAGGAAGGGUUUUUUUUUGUGUUAAAGAAUGUGGAUUUGAAGGAAAUGGGUCUACUCCAAGGUUUGACAUAUUGAGGAGUUUUCAAAUACCUAAUGCAUUUUUGAUGUUCAUUUGUUUUGAAGGUUCUUUGUAAAUACAGUAUUCAAAAUUUUAGCUCUGAUCCAAGGAUAGUUUUUUUCUCCCUCUCCUCUACUUGCUCCUGUCUAUUUAUGGUCAGGUUUUAUUUUGUAAAAAAUUGAAAGGGAGAGAGAGAGUGACCUUUGUUACUGUUUCUUCAGUGUGACUAAACACCAAAAAAAAUCAACAUGUCAACAAGUCAUUGUGGCAUUUGAUUGUAUGUUCUACGUUUAUUUAAGCCCCUUGCUUUGAAACUUGGAAAACAGAGCAGAGUCUCACCAUUAAAAGACUAUGGCUCCCAAGAUCAGAAGACUAUAUAUUACUUUUAUCAGAAUGUAUGUGAAAUGUCUAAGAUAGAAUAUGCACAAAAUAUAUGGCAACCCACAUUCAAAUCUGUUUGGUUUCAUUCUAUUCUUUGUAAUCGCUGUUGGUGAAAAUGUAAUAAUGGGCAAGGCCAUUUUCAGAUGUUACAUUUCUCAGACCUUAAAGAACAUUGCACUGUAUUAAAUCUAAUUGCUCCUUUUUUGGUAUAAGAGGGCCAAAAAAGUGUGAGUGAAGAGCUAUUAAGUCUUUCCACUAGGACAGUGCAUUACCAAAACAAAUCUAUACUGUUGUCAAAUGUUUAUCACACCAAACCAGGUGGACCUGAUAUUUCACAUGGGUUAUUUUAGGGUUACAGAGGCAGAAAAUAUACCAGUCUGUAAAAGGGUAUUUUUAUAGUAUAUAAAGUGCUACCUAAAACACACAUCAACAUUUGUUAUUUCAUUAAUUAUGUUUUUGGUGCAUAUGUAAAAAAAAUAUGGAAAUAUGGUUCGCUUGGUGAUAUGGACUGUGUGAGACUUCUGAGAAAUCUUGAGGAUAUCACCAGAAGAUGAUUUUUCUGCAGUGUUGCUUGACAUGACAUGUAAACAACAUAAAAUUACGUAUGUAAAUACUCAACAACAAAUAAAUCUCUAAAACCA